AGAAACGUGAAAAGAAGAAACCGACGACGAACUACAAAAUUCAAACGCAUUUAUUAAUUUGCGCUGUACUGGAAACGUGUGUUUUUGCGACAGCCGCAAAAUAAGCAGUACUCUUUUUGCUCAGGGAACCCAUACACUGUGCUCACAACUUCAACUUUAAUUCAAAUUUAUUGUACCCUCGGCAAGGGUUCUACAAAAAACAAAAAAAAAAAAAAGAAGAAAAACACUGUAAUUGAUAAUUGUUGAGAGAAUAACGCCGCCGCCGACGCUGCUAACGCUGCCGCAACUGCCACCGCGAUGAAAAUCACCGUGACGACCACCGAUGAUAAGAUUUUCUGUAUAGAUGUCGCCGAAGAUUUGGAGCUAGAAGUGCUAAAGACAAUAUGUGCCAACGAAAUUGGCGCCGAGGUCAGCCUAAUAAUGGUGCUCUUCAAUGGCCGCGAGCUGACCAACGACAAGCAGACGCUGAAGGAUUUCGGUAUGCGCGAUAGCGACUGCAUUGUGCUGGAGCGUCGACGUUUAACCUCCAAUCGCACAGGUUUAGGUGGCAACAAUCCAUCGAUUAGUCAUCUGGACUUUAGCAGCAUCGCUGUGCCCGGUGCGAGCACAUCGAGCGGCAGUCCGUCAACACAACAAAACGCUGGCAGUGGCAGUGGUACGCCUGGUUCGGUUAAUAUGCAGCAGCAGUUGCAGCAGUAUCUGGAACAGCUGCAGCAACCGUUCGCCGACAUACCACUGACAGAUGAGUUCAAUGUGAACUGGGACGAUGAUCCGGCGCUGGUGCGUCAAAUGUUCUUGGCUAGCCCAGAGACGCUGGCGCGGCUCCGACAAUACAAUACCAAACUAGCCGAAGCCCUCGACUCGGGCAAUACGGAGGCAUUUGCAAAGGUGCUCCGCGAGCAAAUUAGUGAUCGGAAGCGUCGCAAGGAGCAGCAUCAGCGUAUGCUCAAUGCGGAUCCGUUCAAUGAGGCCACUCAGCGACUAAUUGCCGAGCAGAUCAGGGAGAAGAACAUUCAGGACAAUAUGGCAGCAGCCAUUGAAUACAAUCCAGAAAUCUUUGGCACUGUCACAAUGCUCUACAUCAACUGCAAGGUGAAUGGGACACCUGUGAAGGCGUUCGUCGACUCUGGUGCACAGACGACCAUCAUGAGCAAGGAGUGCGCGGAACGAUGCAAUGUGAAUCGGCUUCUCGAUACCCGCUGGAACGGCAUUGCCAAGGGUGUUGGCACACAGCCCAUUCUUGGACGCGUUCACAUGGUCCAGCUGCAGAUUGAUAAUGAUUAUUUAACGUCCAGUUUUACGGUGUUGGGCCAGCAGCCCAUGGACAUGCUAUUGGGCCUGGACAUGCUCAAGCGGCAUCAGUGCCUUAUUGACUUGCAACGAAAUCUGUUGAUCAUUGGCACCACAGGCACCUCAACGCCAUUUUUACCGGAGAGCGAGCUGCCGCCAUGCGCCCGCCUCACCCGGAAUCCGGAGGAAAACGAACGUCAGGCAAUUGCCCAGGCAAUUGAGCAGAGCAAACGUGAAAGCGGUGAAGCCAGCACCAGCGGCAGCAGCAGCAGCACCACCACCACCACUGGCACUGGCACCGGCAGUACCGGCAAUGUUGGCUUUAAUGUAAAUAAUAUGAACGCUAUACAGCCGCUGGAUCGUUUUACGGAACAGGAUGUGAGUGACCUGAUGGAAUUGGGCUAUCCGCGCAGCGAUGUGCUCACUGUACUAAGACUGUGCAAUGGCAACAAGGCGAUCGCCAGCUCAAUGCUAUUUAGCAGCCGCAAUGCAGCCGCUGGCAGUGGCGGGCUCAGCUGAACGCUGGAACGCUCCGUGUUGCUGCUACUGCUGCUGCUCCGUCACUGCUCUGGGAUCAAUCAAAUCAACCAUCAUUUUGCAAUAAUAAGAGAAGUCAACACCACCACCACAACCACGAUCACGACCACCACCACAACGAUGUCAGUAUCAAUAUCAAGGCAAUUUUCGAAAUAUGCUCGACUUUAACAAAAUUUACAGUAUUUGUUUAGACCAAUUUUAAAUACAAUAUUUUGUUUACCUAUUGCCUUGUGCAAUAAUUAAUUGAUCGAUUGAUCGUCGAGAAUUUUCAGCUUUAAACUCACCUCAAUCCGUUAAUAUCUUUGUGUUCUUGUUUUUGGUUUAACACAAAAUUAAUUAAUUCGAAACUUGAUAUCAAUCUGUAUAAAACAAUGCCACUGGAUUGAAAAAUAGCCGCAGCAACGAAAAACCGAAUUGGGUAAACUUUAUACACACGCAUCUAAUAUUAAUUAUACACAUUAUAUACACACAUCUAAGUGUAUAUAUAUAUAUAUACAAAUGUAUAUUCAUUUAUACAAUUUGAGAUAGUAUUGAGACUUAACACUAUGUAAUUAAGUACGAAAGUGAAAUGGUUAAAUAAAAUGAGUAUUGUUUUUGGAUUGGAA